AGGACAAAAGAUCGAAUGUAAUGAAAGACUCUGAAGAGGCAUCUAUAUUAGAAUGCAUGUCAAUUGGAAAUUCUGUUAUAGAAGAUAUUCAGACACAUGAAAGAAUUACUGUGAACAAAGAUGAUCAUGUAAAGAUUCGUGCAGACGUGGAAGCCGCUAAGUGCAGCAUCGGUGUACUAGAGGCCCCGUCUAAGGAUGAAGGCAAAUACGAGGUAAGGACAUAUAAUGCGGCUAGUGAGACUAAGAUCGACUGCGACGUUCCUGACAAGGUUAAGCCCGUACUCCAGGAGCCAAGAGAAACCGAAUCGCCAUCUAUAUUCGAAAAAUCAAAAGAACUGGAACUGCUGCCUGUAAUUGAAGGGGAGGUUCAAGAGCCAAAACCAACACCAGUGCUUAUACAGGUAAAGGAAUUAGAACUACCACCCAUCCAAGAUAUGGAACUAAAAGGACCAGAAUUACCGCUUGUCCGAGAUUUAGAGCCGAGAACACCAAGGAUACAACUACCACUUAAGGAUCUUUCCAUCGUUGAGGGUGCAAGUACUAGGUUGGACUGUAUCAUCGUUGGACAGCCCGAGCCGGAGGUUAUUUGGUAUCACGAUGACAGACCAGUUAAGGAAUCGGCAGAUUUCCAACUGCUCUUCCAAGGUGAUAGAUGUUCUUUAGUGAUGCAUGAAGCUUUCCUUGACGAUGCUGGUAUUUACAAAGUCGUCGCGAUUAAUGCUGGCGGAGAAGCGUCAAGUGAAUGCACCUUAUCGAUCACUCCAAGAGCAGUGGAAGCUACUGAAAGUUCCCCAAAGUUCGUCAAAUUAUUAACUGAUCUCCUGAUAGCGGAAGGAGAGGAAACCGUUUUCGAGUGCGAAGUAAUCGGUGAGCCGAAACCCGCGGUUAUUUGGCAAUUGAAUAGCGAUACAAUCAUUGAAAAUGAGCGCGUUAAGAUUUUUAUCGACGAGAAUGGCCGUAACAUCCUCAGGAUUUCACCGACGACCCCCGAGGACAAGGGCAAUUACACGGCCAAGGCAACGAAUCGUGUGGGUGAAGCGAAAUCAUUUGCCAAGCUCGUUGUCAAGGUUCUCGGCGACUUCCAGCGUAAAGAUGAUGUUGUACAGAUGGAGGAAAAAUUCGUGCCACCGUACUUCAAAGAGAAAUUCGAGAGCAGGACGGUGCCAGAAGGAAUCACGACUAAAUUUGAGUGCAUUGUUAUUGGCAAGCCCGCUCCUAAGAUUCAAUGGUUAUUUAACGACCGACCAGUUCAUGGAAAAGAUUUUCUAGUUUCUGUUAGCGGCGAUCGUCAAGUAUUGACUAUUCCAGAAGUAGCUGAUGUUCAUAGAGGCAACAUUUCUUGCAUUGCGGAAAAUGCAGCUGGAAAAGUCACAUGCGAGGCAACAAUCGAAGUUGGUGGUGGGAUUACAGCAGUAGAGGGGAAUAUCGAAACAAUCCAAGUACCCGACGCAACUACCGAAAUGCAGGCCUCUAGUAAUAGCCACAAAUACUUCACAAGCGAGAAGACGACGGAUGAAGGUGGUCUGAGUGAUAGUCAGACGUUGACAAAAACUUCCUCAUCGAUAACGGAAUCCUCCACAAUGCACAGUACAAUGAAGAAGGAAUACGUUACAACCACUAGCUCCUCCAAACUUUCCAGUUGCCCUUUAAAUCCAACAAAUUUGUGCAUGAAAAAAACAACACAUAGCUCCGAGAACUCCAAUGCAUAUAACGGGGCAGCACCCGUCGUGCAGUCACAAAAAAUUGAAGAAUACGAACGAAUUGUACAAGAUGCACCGGGUGAAAUCCGACAAGAAAAAACGAUUAUUGUCACUCAAGAUUCAGGAGGCACAAAGCAAAGGGAAUGUAAACAUCAAAUACAAGUACAAAAACCUUGUAGAAAACAGACUGCUCCACGUUUUGUUACACCUAUCACUGGAAUGAUAGUUGAUCAAGGGUCAAAUAUUGUGCUUGAAGGAAUUGUUGAUGGGUUUCCACAACCGGUAAUUACUUGGGCUAAGAACGGACAAGAAUUACUGUCAAAGAAUGGUUUUAAAGUAAGCUAUGACCAUAAUCACGUAAAGUUAGAAAUAAGAGAUGUAACUGUUAAAGAUGCUGGUAGAUAUACGUGUACAGCUAGAAAUGAUGUAGGUAAUUCGAGCAGUACAGCAGAUCUGGUUGUGAAAAAGACUAUUUUUCCACCUGUAUUUGGUAGAAGACUUCAAGCACAAGUAGUGAAAAAAGGAGAUAGAGUAAUUAUGGAAGUUGAAAUUACAGGUACACCAGAACCGACCGUUACGUGGUAUAAAGAUGACGAACCUCUUAUUAAAUCGGAAUUUAGAAUGAAACAACAGGGAAAUUGUUAUUUCUUACUUAUUGAUAAAGCGGAGAAGGAUCAUGCAGGAAAAUACAUGGUUCAAGCAACAAAUGCUGGUGGAGAGGCGCAAAGUAUUGCUGAUUUUGCUGUAUUUGAGCCAACUCCUGAUACAAUGGUUGAAAUGCACAAGACUUUAGUUUAUGAAAAUGUCCAAGAUAAAAAUGCCAGAAAGCUUUGUUGCGGACAGCCAACUGAGAUACCUGGCGCAAAUCUAACUACGGAACAAAUCACAACAACAAUGAUUCAGCCAAGUGCUGAAAUAAAAACACCAUUCCCUUCCACAUCCUCGUCUUCCACGAUCCGAACUAUUAAAUCCGAAGUAACGGAUGAAUCUCAAAAGGUAUCCCGGUCAGAAAUGAUAUCGUCUUCUAUUGAAUCGCAUAGAAGUGAAACAAAGUCAGAGCAAAAGUUUCAUAUGAAACUUGAACAUAAGCCAGCACCAUUUGAUGCUUCGCAAAAAGAUGAACAAAUACAACUUAAUAAUAGUAAUUAUAAUAUUAUUGAUGGAAAAUCCGAAAUAAUAGAAAAUGAAAAUAUCGAAACAUCAUCUAUGGCACGUAAAGAUGCUCUUAGUUUCUUUGAAUCAAUAUCAAAAGGAAGCGAUAGUUUUUCUAAAGCACCUCGGGAAAUGAUUAAAUUAACAAAUGAAGAUGAUGGAACAGGUCCUGGAUGUGAUGUUAGAGUUGAACAAUUGACUAAAAAUUAUGAACGAUCAACCAAAUUCGAAGAAGCUAGUCAGGAAUUACCAAAACCAGAUAUUCAAGCGGGCAAAAAAGGUGUGCAGGAAAUAUUUAAUAAAUUUCAGAAAGGUUCAUCAUCACGUGGAAUCGAUAAUACUAUGUUUGAUUUUCCUUAUGAAGAACAUAAAUUAUCACCUUUACAAUGUAGUCGAACUAUAUUAGAAGAUGUUACAGCAUCUGGAUCACCAAUACAUGGUACUUUGACUAUUUCUAAAUUAGAAGCACAGUCAGAAAGUGCUGAAGCAAUGUUAAAGGGAUUCAAUCUUAUACCUGAGCCACCACCAGAAAUUGGAUAUGCGCCAAAGCCCGACGAGCAUACUAAAAGACGUCCUGAUGUUUCGAUUAAAGCAAAACAAUUACAAGAAUCAUUCGCGAGUUAUUCUUCGGUUGAUGCACCGAUUGGAGGUGUUAAAAUAUUUCCUUCUUCAGUUCCACCACCAGUCCGAUCAAAGACGCCAGAAACAAUACCAGAGUGUUCUUUUUCUAUUCCACCACCUUUUGAGCUUGAUAAAAAUAUUAUCGAGGACACGUGUAAUACAAAAAAAUUUCAAGAAAAAAAAAAUUACGAUGGGUAUUCCUCAUCUACAUCAGCAGAGGCAUUAACAAUGGAAAAAUCUUGGGCACAUAAAAGUGCUGAUUCAAGUAAAAAAUCUUGGCCGCCACAACAAAAAACAUCUUUUACUGAUAAACAAGAAUGGAGUCUUCCAGAGCAAAGCUAUAAAGUUUCUUCGUCCGAAUCAAAACAUGAAAUUGAAUUGAAACCAGAAUAUCGUUGCACCCAGACUACUAUCGAAUCUUCAAGUUCCUUGGAAAAGAAAUCAUUUGGAUCAAAAGAGAUUCACGUUACAGAAAAUAAAAUCAUACCACCAGCUUCACCUCCUAAACCUGAACCGAUCAUCUAUAAUGCGGAAACUAUUAAAGUAGGUCAUACUGUAAAUACUGUCGAAGAAAAAUUAGUCACGGAAAAAUAUAUAGCAGAAUGUGGUGUUCAACAAACGGAAACUACAGAAAAAAAGUAUGAAUCGACGAAGAAACAAAAUGCUAGACCAUGGCCUGACGGGAGCGAUUUAAAAGCACCCGCAUUAGUUAAGAAAGUAAUAGACUAUUCAAAACCUUCUAUUAAACUUUAUCAUGAAGCUUCUUCAAUUGACUUACAACCUGGAACUCCUCCAGAGUUAGCAUACACUCCAGGGCCAUAUAUGCAUGAAAAGAAGAUCGAAAAAAGAGAAAAUUUUUUGGAAAAAUCAUUAGAUCGCAAAGCUGCUUUUAUUCCAACAGGUGGAGUACGAACAAUACCUUCUAUUAUACAUGAACGUAUUUCCAGAGAUAAAAUUUAUACGCCAACAGAACAAUCACAACCAACCGAUGUGUCAAAUAAAUACUUAAGAAGUUCGUUUUAUAGCGAAAGUGAUUAUGAAUCUGAAGUUGAUAAUACAUUAAAAUCUUAUGUAAGUGACAAUGAACAAUGUACAAAUGGUUAUAGGAGAGUUAAAGCGCCGGUUUAUGUCCAACCUUGUAGACCAAAAUCAACAGAACUACAACCAAUACCUCCAUCAAAUUUUGAUAUUCCAUCGGUUAUUACCCCUACAGUUAGUGAUUCUUCAAUUAAAAAAUUAUCUUCAAAUUAUCAAAAAGAUUUUCGAUAUCAAGAAACAAGUAGCCAAUCCCAACAAUAUGAUAUAUUACCAAAACCUGGCUCGCCACCGAUAUAUGUUCAGCCAACAAAACCUACUCCAAAGAUUUUCAAACAUGAAUCACCAAUAAUGAAAACUAAAGUACUACAGCAAGAAAGUGGAUAUAUGGCCGAUACAGAUGAACCAUUACAUUUGCAACAACAUAAAUCGUUUUCUGAAUCAAAAGCAAGUUUUAUGGAAACUAAAAGUUACAGUAAUGCUCAACAAAAAAAAGAGGAUACAUUAUCCUUAUAUUCACAAACUCACUCUUACUCCACUAUACCAAAACAUAAUAUUCAACGAACUUCUUUCGUCGAGAAAAUAAUCGAGAAGUCACCACAACAACAAUUUAGAACUACUCCUUUAAAGGAUAAAUCCCAGGUGUCGCAAUGUUCAUCGAGAUUUUCUAAGGGUGAGUUUCGUGAAAGUGAUUACGAAAGUGAUUAUGAUAGUAGUAAGAUAUCAUCUCUUUGGAAGUCUCAAAAUUCUGCUCAAACAGUAUCAGAUACUAAAACAUCAUCAUCUUCAAAAUCAAUGAAAUCAUCCAUUUCUAGUUCAGGAAAAUCAUCGGCACCUCCAUUGUCAUUUACCAAAACAAUGAAGGAAACUGUCACUAAGAAAGAAAGUCUAAGGGAUGAAAGACCCAGACCUAAAUCUGCGUCAUUCCCUGAUACUCCACCAGAAAUUAUUUAUGAGCCACAGAAGCAAUCGUAUUAUGAGGGUCGCAGUGGCGUACCUUAUCACAAUGCCGUAGGAACGGAAAUGAAAAAGACUGUUUGCAUGGAUGAAUCAACAGAGAACACGAGAAGAAUAGUCACAGUUGAACAAACAAGCAGAGUUAUUAAAUUCGGUGAGAAUCAAGUACAACACGAAAUAAAUCGAUGCACUGGACCAACUGGCGGUGAUCAACAGAAAAAAAGUUCCUACAAUGUUCCGACGCCUACGAAAUUUAUUCAAGGUCAUUUUCGUGAAUCCGAUUAUGAAAGUGAUGUAGAAACCAGAAAAAUUCGCGCUAAAUGGGCACCUAGUGAAAGUGAAACGGAAGAACCGCAAUAUCGUAAAGUACAACCACCAAAAACUCGAACUUGUAAAUCGCCUAUAGUUACCUGGCCAAGCGAUUCCGAGAUUGAGAAAUCUGAGAGCGAGAGGCGAUCCACACAUAUACAGACCAUUAACCGGCAACAACAAAUGUCUGAAGAAAACUACAAUCUGAAACCUGGUUCACCACCGGAAUUUGGAUAUGCACCUGCAUAUGAAUUCAAGAAGAGUGCGAAUCACAUAGCCACGAAACAUAUAAGCAACAUGACGAGCAGCUUUAAAUCGAAAACAGAGCAAUUUGCAAGUGAGAUACAAUCUGAUUUAAAGAAACACAGUAAGCCGAUUCUGAAACAGUCGAUGUCAACAGACGUCGGCAGCGUAACCGAUGGCGGAGACGAACCGAGAACAUAUAGGGAAGAAUCCAGGGUUGCUCAAUACGGUUCAAAACACAUCGAUCCAGACACGGGUCUAAUCUACUUCAAAUACGAUUUUGGCUACGAGUUUGGCGUUGUACUACCAGGUGAAAGCAAACAUAUGACUACGAAUCACAGUCAGAGUUACAAAAACAAUCGAAAACCUAGUGAUAUUGAAGUACCAAUCAUUCAUGAAUUCACAUAUUGCAAAGAGAAUGGUUUCGGUAAAGACAAGAACUAUCAGCGAAAGUCAGUUAACAAAUUCGGCAAGAGCGUUAAGUGGGAGCCGACCUCGGAGAGCGAAUAUUCGGAAGUUGAGGAUUUUAAAGGGCUGGGACACAAGGUACCGAUAUCAUCAAGCUUUUUGAUACCAACAUCGUCACCGUCACCUAAGUGGGAUCCGAUAUCUCCAAGUCCAGUUUCUCUCAGUCCCAGUUUACCAAGUCUCAGUCCACAUUUCGGAGGUGGACCAUCAAGUAACGUCGAAUCAACGUCAGGUUCGCCGUGGUCUACAACCAAUGGUGAACGAAUAAUUCCAGUUACUACUGAAGUUGUCAAACCUUACAUCGAAAUUUUACCUAAAAAAGCGCCAUUGUUUAUAACGCCAUUGAGAGAUAUAGCAGUAAUAAAUCGUCAAACAGCCCGAUUUGAGUGUAUUGUCCAAGCAGAACCACAACCAAAUAUUAUAUGGUCUAAAGAUGGCAGAAUUGUUGAAAAUUCUUUUAACGCUGAAGUUCAUUAUCGAAAUGGUGUUUGUAGGCUCACUUUACCUCAAACUACUCCAGAGGAUGCUGGCACGUACGCUUGCACAGCAACAAACGGCCUGGGUUCGUCUGUGACAUCAGCGACCUUGCAAGUGUCAGGUAAUAGACGAUCGAUAUAUGGAAUUUAAUUAAUGCACGCCAAACGUAUCGGGUGAGGUGCAAUCUUGCAAUUAAAAAUACGAAACCAUGACGCGGUAGUGGUGGUGGUACUGCAUGAAGAUUAAAAGAGAGCGAACAAGAGAAAGAUAAUUUUACAAAAACUAAUGAAUUUCGAACAUUGCGUUUGGGAUAUUUACUUUUUCUUUUAUUUAUUUUUUUUAUAAUUAUCGGUAUGAAAUGUUGUUGAUUUAUUAUUUCAUUUGAGCUUAACAGGAAAGUGAAUAAG